AUGUUGCGUUCUCUCAGGCGACACGACGCGCUCACAAAGCGGGGAGCGCAACGCCGAGUUGAAGUGUGGGACAAGCAGCGCCUACUCCCUGAGUCAGCCGGAACAAGGAAAGGAGCGGAGUGCAAAACUGAUCAAAUUGGAGUUUCGAGGAAGGAGCACCCUGCUGAGCUCCUGCACAUCGCCGCGAAGGCUUUGGCGCGCGCCGGCCAACCGGAUGCAGAUGGCAUUUCCGUGGACGAAGCGGAGCGGACCUACAUUGUUGAGACUUUCCACUGGUUUGUCCUCGUUUGAUCGGAGAUGGAUUCAGCGGCGGGCUUGUGUGCUCCGUUCCGUCUGUACACGUGCAGCCAUCCCCCCCUCCUCCCCGGUGACUCAACUGCUGCGCAUUGCCGCUGCGUCCGGAUGAUCGUUCCCCGCCGGCCGGAAAUAAACGGGUCGGUGGGACUUUCGUCCGUUUGCAACGUCUUUCCUUCGUCUCAGCAGCUGCCACCUGCCCCUCUGCGCUGCGCGCCCAGCAUCGAUUGUGGCGCCACUUCGGCGGGAAGAAAAGAAGGAGCGAAGAACCCACAGGAUAUAACUGACAAGCAACCUUUUGUUUUGGUUUGCUCCCCUCCCCCUCCCCCAAUUAUAACCGUUUUAAAGCCAAUAUCGGGACAAAUUUGGUUUUGAAAGAGAGAAAGAAAUUAGUAUUCAAUGAGAAUUUUUUAAUGUGGUUAAAUUGGCAACACUGUGUUAAACAAAGGUCAUACCAAAGGGCCUAGUAGUGUUUAGUUUGUAGAGUAUUUUACUGUUUUGUAACAUACCUACAUGUGAUAAUCAAAAAGUUACAGAGUGUUACAAUGUGUAAAAUUGUGUUUGUAUUACCAAUUUAUCAAAAUAAAC